CUAUCCUCACAAAUCACAACAUCGUAACGUUAUCAGUGUUGCGAAAUUUUUUACAUUACAAGUCUCCACAAUUGAAGCACACUUUAGUUGAGGUGUGAAGUAGUAUUGUAAAAAUGGGUUGCAAUUACUACUGUCACUCCAUUUCUCAGAGGCUCCCUCGCUUUAUUUCUUAUACCCCAAUUCCAAUUCCGAGUCUCAGAUCCCCAAUUUCCCCUUUCCGCCGCCGGCAAUUACGUUCAUUUGCCAUUUCAGCUGCCGGCGGCAGUAGCUUCACCUGGAACGACGUCCUUCAACUCCCCGAAUCUCCUCAAAAUGACUCUUCUACCCUCUCAGCUUUCUUCGAUAAAAUCAAGCUCUGUAAUCGCAAUUUGGAGAAGCAAAGCGAGUUCAUGCCUUUCGUUAUGGAAGACCAAACGAUUGGGUACGUUCACCAUGUGUUUGCUGAUUAUCUUAAGCCAUUUCAAAAUGUAUUCAUUUUCCCCCAAAAUAAUAGUAGUCAAUAUUGCACUUUACAUCCAAACCUGAGGACACCUGAGGAUCGAACUAAAGCUGUAGCCAAUGUUGUGAAGUCUUUAGGCGAAUUAAUUCCAGGCAUUAGAAAUGAGUUAUAUCCGGUAGUUUCAUCUUUCGGGGAACCGGUAUUUUUCUCGCUGGAACGAGCAGCUGCGCCGUAUUUUGGUAUAAAAGCUUAUGGGAUUCAUAUGAGUGGCUAUGUUGAGAAAAAUGACCAGAAAUUUUUAUGGUUAGCUAAGAGAAGUGCAACAAAAUCCACUUAUCCAGGAAUGCUGGAUCAUUUAGUUGCAGGGGGAUUGCCACAUGGCAUUUCUUGCUGGGAGAAUGUUGUUAAGGAAUGUAAAGAGGAGGCAGGGAUACCGAGGUCUAUUUCGCGUCAAGCUGUGCCAGUUGGAGCUGUGUCGUACGUUGACAUAGAAGGAUAUAGGAUGAAGAGAGAUGUCCUGUUUUGUUAUGAUCUUAAGCUUCCUGCUGAAGGCUUUGUUCCUCGUAAUGAGGAUGGGGAGGUUGAAAGUUUUCGAUUGGUCCCAGUUACACAAGUUGCAAAUGUCAUUCGAAGUACAUCGUUCUUUAAAGCAAACUGUAAUCUUGUCAUUAUUCAUUUCCUUUUCCGGCAUGGGUACAUCAGACCAGAAGAGUUUGGGUACCUGAGGCUACUGCAGAGUUUGAGAAGUGGGUGUUGCUCUUAAGUAUAGUCAGAUGAGCAGUUCUGUCAUUUUUGGGGUGACUAUGAGCUCUGUAUCGAGGAAAGAACAAGAAGGAAAAAAAAUAGGAUAUCAAUGUAUUACGUGGGCCAAAUUCAAUAAUAUGCUGACGACCAAGUUCGUUAAUUGAUCUUGAACACCCAUUCUUGAUUCUUGAAUAUUUGAAAAGUAACCCUUUUGUGUCUAGCAAUUAUUUACGUUUGGUUGGAUAACUAGUUAGCUCCUUCCAUUCAAUCUAACAAGAUUAAAGUACCUCUGCUGGAAGUCCACUUGAUUUUAUCCUUGUUAUGGAUUGCAGUAAACUCAGACUUGAUCCGAAUUAGAGUCUAAGGUGGUGAGAGUUUUAUCCUUGGAUAAUAAAAAGAGGUCUUUGUUAUUGUACAGUUGCUUGAGAAAACUGACAUGUCAUGUAUUACUUUGAUGUAUGGUGGAUAACUUUCUAAAUUAUUGCAGACAUUUCUAUGAAAUUUGACUAAAUUGAACUCA